GCUGUAUAUGUUUAUUCCUUCUUUUAGUCCUUCUAUCCCUCAAUUACAAUAUACUUCAAAGCAUCUUCUAAUAGGAAAAACUGUCUUCCCACUUUCCAGCCAUUCGAUCUUUAUUCACCUUUACAAUGCGCACCACUAAUCUUCUGACCAUCACUGCCACCCUUGGCCUCGCAACACUCACUACUGCCGCCACGACCACUAUCGACCUCUUUCAGCCCGGAGAGGAGACCAUUCCCUAUGACGAUGUGGAAGCGAGCAUCAUCGACGUCAAUGGGGACACCACCACUGUUGCUAUUGUCUGCGGCCCUUCUGCCGCUGCAUCGACCUGUGGCCUGCACAGCCCAGUUACCAUUACUGAGGGUCCUUCUACUUUCACCGUGAGCGCCGUCAUCACGUCUAGUACCGAUGGCGCGGAAUAUACUGUCACCCUCGUCGAAGACUGCGAUAUCACCUCCGUGACCCAGGGUGCCUCUUGUUCCAUUUCCAUGGAUGCCACCGUCGCCUUCAGCGGCGAAACAACUUCUUACUCAACUUCCGGAGCAGCCUCACUGCCUGCUCGCCUGAUGAAGUACGCGCCUGUGACGGUCACUGCGGGCGCGGAGAAGCUCUCGGCCUCUGCCAAGGCGACAGGAACAUCUUCUGGCUCGUCUGAGAGUGGCAGCAAGAGCGAUUCUACUACUGCUGCUACUGGCAGCGCCGCUACCGAGACUGCAUCUGCUUCCAACACCUCUUCGGGUCCCAGUGCUUCCAGCACCUCCAAUGGCGCGGCUGGUCAGAAAGCCAUGACUCUGGGUGGCGCCUUUGCUGCUGCUUUUGUUGCUGUCAUUGGCUUGCUGUGAGCGUGGCUUGGACCUGACUGUCGGCAUGACUGCCUGAUCAGCUGGGAUAGCAAACAUUGAUGAGGGGGUCAGACGCCCUGUACUAUUUCCUUGACACCGACAUGCGUAUGCAUAUGCACAUAACUUGAUAACUUGUUCGUCUUCCCUUAUGCUCACAUAAUACCAUCAUUGCAGUUUAAUGGGAACUCAUAACGAUAUUGGGUCCCAACGCGCGCCACGCUUGGAACUUAGAAUCUUGCCACUUUGCCAUUGAAAUGGAACUCUG